UACAAUCUGGAUGUGUUGAAGAUGGUGGCUAUGGGUGUACUUGCCGACCAGAUCAUCGCCCAGAAGAGUCCGCCGGAGGAGUUCGUGCAUAUGGAGCACGAGCUCCGGUCGUUGGCAUCGGAGAUUAGCCACUCGAGCUCUGUGGACGAUGACGUCGACGUGGAAGAACUUCUCGUCGGCUCGGUGGUAGAAGAUCUUCAGAUGCUGACCAAGCGUAUCCGGAGGGUCUCGCUAUCGCAUAGCCCUUCGCAAAGUUCGGCGAGUUCAGCUUCAAGUGCGACCGCAACUCCAACAGGACUUCCCAGCCUCUCCCCAGCCGUCAAUGAGCAACGCCCAUUCGACUCGCCCUCCACCGGCCGGUUCAAGAGGGUCGAGCUGGACGUCCUG